AUGGGGUCUAACGAUUUCGAAGCCUUCCUCGAUGACAGAACGGAUGGUAAGGAUUACAUUUCUGUGCUUCCUAGAAGUAUCAAACGACGGAUUCAGGCGCUGAAGAAAUUGCAGAUAGAUGGAAUUAAUAUUGAGGCUCAAUUUUAUGAGCGUGUGCAUCAGCUUGAAGCGGAAUUUGCCCCCAUGUUUAACGCUUUGCAUGAAAAACGUAGGGCGAUUGUAAUGGGCACUCAUGAACCAACUGAUGAGGAAGCUGAUUUCCCCAUUCUUCAUUCUUGUACAGAAGAUGAAAUAAAACAAAUGGAAUUUGCAACUGCACCAGAACCAGCUCAGCCUACCAAAGGUAUUCCACGUUUUUGGCUGCAUCUGCUGAAGAGUGCCGACCACGUUGGGGAAAUGGUUAUGGAACAUGAUGAGCCGAUUUUGCAGCACCUCAUCGACAUCACUUGUGAUGUUGACACGACUCCAGACUCAUAUACUUUGACAUUCCAUUUCGAACCCAAUGAUUAUUUCUAUCAGACGCAACUGAAGAAACGUUAUAUGCUUCAAAUCGGUCCAAAUCCUGAUGAAAUAUUCGAGUAUGAUGGCCCAAUUACAGUCGGGGCGAAAGGAACUGAAAUAAAAUGGAAAGAAGGUAAGAAUGUCACACAAAAGAUUGUGAAAAAAAAGGAGCAAAAGAAGACUCGUAAUGCCAGUCGUUUCAUUACAAAAUCAGUGAAGACAGAUUCGUUUUUCAACUUCUUCGAUACACCGUUCACGAAUAAAAGGAUUGGGACGAAUGACAGUGAACUUGACCCCGAAGAACGGGAACUGCUGCAAGCUGAUUUUGAAAUUGGACUGGUAUUCCGUGAUCAGAUAAUACCUCGUGCAGUGCUUUUCUAUACAAAAGAAGCAGUGAAUGAUAAUUUUAUGAGUUUCGAUGAUGCUGAGGAUGAAGAUGAAGUAGAAGAAGAAAUUGAUGAUGAGAUUGAUACGACAGGAGAUGAGAGUGAUCGUAAUGAUUGA